AGGUGCAUGCUCUGAAUUUUAACCUCCCUCCCUUUGCUUUCGCUUCGGAGGUUGUCCUUUUAAAACUAAAAGUUUUCUUCUUGCAACUUUGUUUCCAUCUCUCUUGUCAUCGUGCGUCGUGCUCGAACUCAACUAGCUGUUAUAGUUAGCAACACUAGCAAGUCAUCUCAGCUAAGUCCCACAUACCAAAAUGGCCGAACUUCAAGCGCAAGUCGAUCAGCUCACUGCAGACCUGGCUGCAGCUAACGCGCAAAUCGUCGUUCUCAACGGAGCAGCCCAAAUCAACAACUUUCAGCAGGUGGCAGCGGAAGAAGGAGGGCUGGGCGUCCCGACCGAAGCUCAGAAGGAGCAGCUCUCCGCCGCCCUUACCAACUUGGACUAUGGCUGCUCUUCGAAAGAGUUUCUUUUUAUGCGCCGCUGCUUUAUGUCAGAGCGCAUGGAAGACUCCACGAUCACUCCCGCGGCGAUCACGUGGUCGCCGCUGUCGUACGUUGCCGCCUUGCGCGUGGUGGAAGUGCUAACGGACGACCAAGCUCGCACGCUCCAGAAGUUGGUCAUCAAAGAAGUCGCUGGUCCAUUGGGCUCCAGCAAGCAGAUCGCUAAUGAAGUUCAACUUGACCGCGCCGUCAUCUUUGGCAUCUUCUUCGAAACGGUCGCGAUCAUUCUGAAAAAGGAGAACAGACCCACCGUCGCGAACGAUCCCCCCGCCACGUUCUAUCAGCGCACCAUGCGCCGCGCUUUUGUGGUUAACCUCCCGGUCUUCUUCAAGCAGAAAUUGGACACCAAGAAGACGAUGGUCCGCGAACUCGCGGAAAUCAAGAAAGCCAGCGCAGCGGAAAUGGAGAUUACGCUGCGCACGCUGCGUGCCGAAAUCGCGACUCUCAAACGCGCGCAGCCUAUUAACAACACCGAUAAGGAAGCUUUGAAGAGUCGCCGCCCGAACAGCAACCCGUCAGCCAAGGUGUGCCUAAAGUGGAUGAAAGGUGAAUGCCGUGACAAGAAGUGCGAAGCUGCGCAUGAAGGCGAUUUAAGCAAGCUGGCUUUCCUCAACACGCGCUUCAAACUGAAGCUCGAUAACAAGAAGCUGACAGAACUCGCAGCACAGGAGAAAUAG